AUGGCCAUCUCAAUCUUCUGUUCUCUUCUGGUUUCGGGACUCGAGCCUUUUCGGGACUCGAGCCCCGGGCGGUCAGUUCUCCAGAGGGUGCCCCGAGCCCGAAACGCGGGCCUCCUCCGACUCCCCAGGGCCUGUGACAGUGGCUGCGUGGGCUCAGGGACCCCUGGGAGGGCGCGUCCCCGGCGCCGCUCACGGUUUGCCGAAGCCGCCGAAAUGGCAAAGUCAAAACGUGGUCCCCCCCCCCACGUCCCACGAGUCAGGGAAGGCCCGAGCCCCCGCUUGAACAUCUUUCUCACCGGGAGGCUCAGCAGCGCGGUUCCCGCCCUAGCGGCCUGCAGUGGGAAGUUGGAGCAGCACACGGAGCGGCGUGGUGUCAUCUACAGCCCGGCCUGGCCCCUCAACUACCCGCCAGGCACCAACUGCAGCUGGUACAUCCAGGGCGACCGUGGGGACAUGAUCACCAUCAGCUUCCGAAACUUUGACGUGGAGGAGUCCCACCAGUGUUCCCUGGACUGGCUGCUGCUGGGCCCAGCCUCGCCCCCGCGCCAGGAGGCCUUCCGCCUGUGUGGCUCUGCCAUCCCCCCAGCCUUCAUCUCUGCCCGCGACCACGUCUGGAUCUUUUUCCACUCCGAUGCCUCCAGCUCCGGCCAGGCCCAGGGCUUCCGGCUCUCCUACAUUCGAGGGAAGCUGGGCCAGGCCUCUUGCCAGGCCGACGAGUUCCGCUGUGACAACGGCAAGUGCCUGCCGGGCCCGUGGCAGUGCAACACUGUGGACGAGUGCGGGGACGGCUCCGACGAGGGCAACUGCUCGGCGCCUGCCUCU